AAGCAUGACAGCGGUGCGGCGGACCUGGAGAGAGUCACCGACUACGCAGAGGAGAAGGAGAUCCAGAGUUCGAAUCUGGAGACGGCCAUGUCCGUGAUUGGAGACAGACGGUCCCGGGAGCAGAAAGCCAAACAGGAGCGAUGACAGAGAUGGAGAUCUCAAGAGCAGCAGCAGAACGGAGCUUGAGGGAACACAUGGGCAACGUGGUAGAGGCUCUUAUUGCCCUAACCAACUGAUUUGUGCUUUCUCAGACCCACUCACUGGAUUAUUUUAUUUCAAUAAAGAUGUAGCCUUUUUUUUUUUUUGCAGUUCUAUCAUCUUGGAUCGAGUGUUUUGUAUAUUAUACCGUAUUUUAUUGUGGGAAAUUUACAUGUUGGAGUAUAACUGAAUUUAAGCAACUCCCCCCGCCUCUGGCCUUAAUGAAAUCAUGUGAAGGAUCAGUGCAGAGUGGUACCUCAUGACCUCAUGUUCACAUGCAGAUGCUAGGUGGCAGGCCAGGCUCAUUCAUCUGACUAGCUUUCAGUGGUAUUCAGGGUACAUUUGGAAUUUCAGCAAAGUUGCUGAAGCCCAUGGCAUGGGUCUCUAGGGUGGUUUAUAUACCACCAAUCUUGUUCAUAAGCCACUUUUUUAAAAUGUUUUUUUUUAAGAGAGUGCAUGGUGGGGGUGGGUGUUGGGGGGCAGAGGGAGAGAGAGAAUCCCAAGCAGGCUCCACACCCAGCAUGGAUCCUGACACAGGGCUCGAUCUCAUGAUCCUGAGAUCAUGACCUGAGCCAAAAUCAAGAGCUGGGUGCUUAACCGACUGAGCGACCCAGGCACCUUAUUCAUAAGCCCCUUAGAGUUAGAAUUUAGGUACCGAAUUGGAAACAUGGUAAAUACAAUAAAAGAUAUCAAAGGUUAGGUCUUUUGCAGAAUUAAUCUAUGAAAGGCUUUGAUUUAUGAAGUUGAUUUAAUUGAAUUCUGAACCGCCACAACACUGUGCCUUACAUUCCAUUUCCCACCCUGGAGAGAAGACAGUUUUACUUUAAAAGUUGACCAACCUUUGGCCAAGUCAUCCUUGCUGAGCUUCUGUUUCCCCAACUGUAAAAUGAUACAUACCUGACAGGUUGUUUUAAGAACUUAAAGAGUUGGUGAAUGUGAAAAGCUUGGACUACUGCCUGCCUCAGAGUGGACACUCAAAUAGCAGCUAUAAACAUAUUCUUAAAAGAAUUUCAGUAUCUUAUUCUCAUUUUGGCUCUAGGAAAAUCUUAAGAUUGUAUCCGUCUGGCACACACAUAAGUGACUUAUACUCAGAUUAAUGUGUUAUUACCUCCUAGGAAUUUGUAUUCAUAGUCUUAUUUUAGGACAUGAAAGAUUUGUGAAUGCUUCUUCCAGUGGGGCAUUUAAAAGAUGGUGAAAAGACCUUGACCCUCUCAUUUUUUUAUGUAAUUGAGAAAUAUCCUUCCCACUGAUUAAAUGUCAUUCCUUAUAACCCCUAGGACUCCUAGUGCUCUGCCAUGUGCAUGGUGGUUAUGUAAUAAAUAUUAAGUGGAAAACCACUGAAUUUAACUCUAGCUUGAUGUCAUUACAUUGCAACUUGGAAAACACUAUACCCUCAUACAAGCUGAGUGUGGAGGGUACUGGUACCCCAUACCUGCAUGACUUUGGGAAGAAUGGUUUUGUUGAAAUGAUCCUCCAGGGAAAGCUUUGUGGAACAGCUGAGUCCUUCAACCAAAUACACUUUUGGAGUAUUCUCUUCAGCUACAGAAAGGCUUUAAAGGUAGAGCCCUAUAUUCCUGGUAAGCAAGAGUUCAAGCAGGAGAAGAAGAGAGCUGCUAUCCAACCAUCUAUUCAUCUAAUGGUGUUUUCCUGCCAAGACCAAGUCAUGGGAAAAUAUUCUUGUGACUACCAACACUAAUGAUAAAGAAGGUGAGCUUGAAUACAAUGAAAUGGAAAAAGACAGGUGGUGAAAUAAUAGAAAAAAUUCCCCCCAGACAGGCAGACGAUUACAUCCAUCACAAAUUCAUGCUAUUCCACCUCAAUUAUAUCCUUAAGGGAAUUAUUUGUAACAGUGUCCAGCACAUAAGGGUGACUUAGGUGGGAACAGAAAAUUAAAAUGUUGCUCAAUCCCUUUUUUAGUUCACCUGGAAUUUUUCAUGGCAGCCUUUAUAUCACCAUAUAACUCAAGAUUCUAAUCUUACCUAUUUCUACCUUUUCUUUUAGCAUAUGUGCUAUCAAACCUGCAAGAUAACGUCUCUCUCUUUUUUUAAAGAUUUUAUUUAUUUGACAGAGAGCACUAGAGAGAGCAAGAACAAGUUGGGGGGCAGAGGGAGAGGGAGAAGCAGGCUCCCCACUGAGCAGGGAGCCCGAUAUGGGGCUCCCUCCCAGGACCCUGGGAUCAUGACCUGAGCCAAAGGCAGAUGCUUAGCCAACUGAACCACCCAGGUGCCCCUCUUUUUUUAAAGAUUUUAUUUAUUUGAGAGAGAGAGCAGGUGAGAGAGAGAGAGAGAGAGGGGCAGAGGCAGAGGGAGAAUUAGGCUCCCUGGUGAGGACCCUGGGAUCAUGACCUGAGCUGAAGGCAGAUGCUUAACUGCUUAACCGACUGAGCCACACAGGUGCCCCAAGAUAACAUCUGUUUUACAAAAAGUGACACUUCCUGCGAAUAAAGUGAAAACUGACCAAAACAUUUUAUAAGAUGGAUAUAAUUUUGAUAACCAAACUGGACAGUUCAAAGGAAAACUUUAUGUGAAUUUCUCUUCAUAAACAUACAUUAAAAAGUACUAAAUAAUAUAAUAGCAAAUUUAUUCCAGCAACGUAAAAGCUAACAAAAAAAUUCUAAGCCAUCAUGACUUCAAAGGAUUUAGCUUGGGACCACAAGAACAGCUUAAGCUUAGAAAAUUAAUGGGGUCAAACGUAAUAUACUAUUUAAAGUUUAUAUAUAUAUAUAUAUAUUUUUAAAAUAUUUUAUUUAUUUAUUUGACAGAGAGAGAGACAGCGAGAGGGAGAAGCAGGCUUCCCGCUGAGCAGAGAGCCCGAUGUGGGGCUCGAUCCCAGGACCCUGGGAUCAUGACCUGAGCCGAAGGCAGAUGCUUAAGGACUGAGCCACCCAGGCGUCCCUAAAGUUUAUAUAUUUAAAGUCACAUAAUCUUAACAACAGAUACAAUAAUUAUGCUUAAUGAUAAAAUAUUAGAAGCAUUCCUUUAAAAACCAGUGGGCAUCUUUAUGUUGUUCCUAUCACACCUUCUAGUCAACAUUUUAUUAUGGUUCUAAUUAGGACAAUAAGAAAAAGGAGAAAGGGGUGCCUGGGUGACUAAGUCGGUUAAGCGUCUGCCUUCAGCUCAGGUCAUGAUCUCAGGGUCCUGGGAUCCAGCCCCAAGUCAUGCUCCCUGCUCAGCAGGGAGUCUGCUUCUCCUUCUCCCUUUCCCCAUCCACCUCGCUUGUUUUCUCUCUCUCAAAUAAAUAAAAUCUUAAAAAAAAAAAAAGAAAAGAAAAAGAGAUAAAAGGUGAGGACUAAAAAGGAAGAAGAAACUGUCAUAAUUUGCAGACUAUGGUUAUCUAUGUAUAAAAUACAAGAAAACAAACAGGCAAGGUAUUUAUUUAGAAUACUAAAUAAAUGCUGGAUAAAAAGUGUAUCCGUUUAAAAAAAAGCGGGGGGCUCCUGGGUGGCUCAAUCCUUAAGCGUCUGCCUUUGGCUCGGGUCAUGAUCCCAGGGUCCUGGGAUCGAGCCCCGCAUCGGGCUCUGUGCUCCGCGGGAAGCCUGCUUCUCCCUCUCCCACUCCCCCUGCUUGUGUUCCCUCUCUUGCUGUGUCUCUCUGUCAAAUAAAUAAAUAAAUAAAUAAAAUCUUUAAAAAAAAAAUAAGUGUACCUGUACAUUAGCUACAUAAAUUAGAAAAUGAAGUUUAAAAAUACUAUUUACAAUGGUAACUAAUCUACAAGAUACCAAGGAAUAAAUUCAACAAAUGAUGUACAAGGCUUUUCAGAGGAAAAAUAUAUAAUUAUAUUGGAAGAUACAAAAGAUCUAAAUGAAUGGAGAAAUAUAUCAUAUUCAAGUAUGAGAAGAUGGCAACUGUGCCCAAGUUAAUCAAUAAAUGCACGACCUAUAAUUUUAAUGCAGUUCCAUUAAUAGUUGUCCCCAGGCUGAUUCUAAAAUCACAUGGAAGAAUAAGAGGCCAAAAAGAACCAAGACAAUUCUGAAGAACAAGGGGAGGCUGAAGAAUUUAACACACCUCACCAAAGAAGAUACACAGAUGGCAAAUAAGCAUAUUUGCUUCAAAUCCUAUGUUGUCAGGGAAAUGCAAAAUAAAAUGAGAUACCACUGCACAUGUAUUAGAAUAACCAAACUACAGAGCUCUGACAACACCAAAUGCUGGCGAGAAUGUGGACUAACAAGAACUCUCAUUUGUUACUGGUGGGAAUGCAAAAUGGCACAGCCACUUUGGAAGACAGUUUGGUGGUUUCUUAUAAAACUAAUCAUACUCUUACCAUAUGAUCCAGCAAUUGCAUUCCUUGGUAUUUACCUAACAGUGUUGAAAACUAAGGUCCACACAAAAACUUGCACACUGAUAUUUAUUUCAGCUUUGUUCAUAACUGCCAAAACUUGGAAGGAACCAAGAUGUCCCCCGCUAGGUGAAUGAACUAACUAUGGUAUGUCUAGACGAUGUAGUAUUAUUCAGUGCCAAUCAGAAAUGAGCUAUCAAGCCAUAAUAAGACACAGAGAAAAUUUACAUACAUAUUAUUAAGUGAAAGAAGCCAAUAUGAAAAAGUUAUACACUGUAUGAUGCCAAAUACAUGACAUUUUGGAAAAGGCAAAACUAUGGAGAUAGUAAAAAGAUCAGUGGUUGCCAAGGGUUGGGUUGGGGGAGGGAUGAAUAGGCAGGGCACAGAGGAGUCUCAGUGCAAUGAAAAUACUGUGUGAUACCAUAAUAAUGGAUAUAUGUCAUUAUACAUUUGUCUAAACCCAUAGAAUACACAAUGCCAAGAGUGAACCUUAAUGUAAACUUUGGGUGAUUAUGAUGUGUUAAUGUAGUUUCAUCAAUUGCAACAAAUGUAUCACUCCGGUGGGGGAGGAUAAUGGAGGAGACUAUGCAUGUGCGGGGGCAAAGGGUAUAUGGGAAAUGUGAAUCUAAAACUGAUCUAAAAAAAUAAAGUCUCAGGGCACCUGGGCGCUCAGUCGAUUGAGAGUCUCCUUCAGCUCAGGUCAUGAUUUCAGGGUCCUGGGAUCCAGUGUCAGGCUCCCUGCUCAGCAGGGAGUCUGCUUUUUCCUCUCCCUCUUGCUCAAAUAAAUAAAUAAAAUCUUGGGGCACGUGGGUGGCUCAGUCAGUUAAGCAUCUGCCUUUGGUUUAAGUCAUAAUCCCAGGGUCCUGGGAUUGAGCCCUGCAUCGGACUCCCUGAUGCUCAGCAGGGAGUCUGCUUCUCCCUCUCCCCCCUCCUCCCUGCUUAUGCUCUCUGCUCUCUAAUAAAUAAAUAUUAAAAAAAAUAAAAAUAAAUAAAAUCUCAAAAAAAAAAUAAAGUCUUGGGACGUCUGGGUUGGUUAAGUGUCUGCCUUCGGCUUAGGUCAUGAUCCCAGGGUCCUGGGAUGGAGCUCUGCCCUGCUCAGCGGGGAGCCUGCUUCUCCCUCUCCCUCUGCCUGCUGCUCCCCCUGCUUGUGCCCCAUCCCCUGUCAAAUGAAUAAAUAAAAUCUUAAAUAAAAUAAAAAUAAAUAAAUAAAAUCUUAAAAAAAAAAAAGCAGUGGAGAAUGGAUGGGCUAGUCAAACAAUGGAACAGUAGGGACAACUGGUUAACCAUAAGGUAAACAGUAAAAUUAGAUCUCUGAUGCCACACACACACAAAAUUCCAGAUGGAUUAAAGCCCAUGUGUGGAAAACACAUCUUAAACACUUACAUUCCUACUGGAUUAUAAGCUCCUUAAAUUAGAUGUGUCUUGCACAAUUGUGUAUUUAAUCCUAUUUAGUAUAUACAAACACUUAGAUGAUAGAAAAUAAUUAUAAUCUGAAUAUCUAUGAUCUUAGUAUAGGCAAGGAUUUCUUACACAGUAUACAAAACAACACAAGCUAUAAAAGAUAAAAUUGAUAAAUCUGAUAACACUAAAAUUAAAAAUGCCUAUGAAACGGGAAACUCCACAAUUAAAGUGAAAAGACAAGCCAAAAAAACAAAACAAAACAGGAAAAAGGACAGAUUUGGGAUGAAGAAAAAGAAAAUGGGUAAAUGACAAAAACAGGUAAUUCAGAGAACAGAAAACCUAGAGAGCUGAUAAAUGCAUGAAAAUGCUUAGUCUCACUAGUAAUCAGGGAAAUGCAAAUUAAAAUAAGAUAUUUCAUAAUUAGAUUGGGCAAAAUUUAAAAAUCUGAUACAACCAAGUGUGCAGAUGAAUAUAUGGGAAAAUACAAACCCUUAAUGCUCUCACAACCCACUGUGGAGAGCAAGUGGAAAUAGCUAGUUAGGUUGAUGAACUUUUAGGAGUCUACCCUAGAGAAAUUCUUACACAGUGCACUGAAGAGACAUUUAAGAAUGACAACUACAGGGGGUGCCUGGCUGGCUCAGUUGGUGGAGCAUGUGACUCAAUCUCGGGGUCAUGUGUUUGAGACCACGUUCGGCAUAAAGAUUACUUUAAAAAAAAAAAGGACAACUACAGCACUGUUUAUAAUAGAAAAAAACAACACAAUAAUUAACUGUUCCUUAGUAGUGAAUAAACUGGUUUAAUUACACAAUGGAAUUUAUAAGUAGUUAAAAUGCAUUAGCUCUAUAUGUAUCAAAGGGUACUUCUCAAAAGCCACCUUGAAUUUAAGAAAAAAGGCAAGUUGCACAAGAAUAGGUAUAGUAUAUUAAAAAAAAAAGAACUCAUAUUAUUUUCCAAAAUCUUUCCUGAAUAAAGGGACUGUUUAGUCUAACCCCUCAAACAGGCAGUGUUCCUUCUUCUAUCUGCACUGGAAUCCUACUCAUCCUUUAAGGAUCAAUUUAUAUGCCACUUUCUUCAAGAAGCUUUCCUUGAUUACCUCAAUCUGAAGAGAUUAUUCCUUGUCUAUCCUUCCACAUUGUUUGGUUUAUAUCACCUAUGUGACAGGAAUCGCACACUGCUUAAAAUGUGCCUAUUUUUGCAUGUCUCACAUCUACUACAGUAUGAGUUCCUUAAGGUUAAAGGCACUACCUCACACAAGUGUGUAUUCAACUUAAUACAGUCACAGCGUUGGAUGAAAGCAAUAAAACGGGGGCGCCUGGGUGGCUCAGUCAUUAAGCGUCUGCCUUCAGCUCAGGUCAUGAUCCCAGGGUUCUGGGAUAGAGCCCCGCAGGGGGCUCCCUGCUGGGCGGGAAGCCUGCUUCUCCCUUUCCCACUUCCCCUCCUUGUGUUCCCUCUCUCGCUGUCUCUUUCUUUAUCAGGUAAAUAAAUAAAAUCUUAAAAAAAAAAAGCGAUAAGUUUAAUAAGACACGGUUCCUGUCUCAAGGACGUUAUGAACUUACGAUGCAGUAGAGGGAGACAGAGACAUAAACUAAUGAUAAGAGUUAUAAAAGCAGCAUAAACAGACCGCUAUGGAUAACAAAAGAGGGACUGUACCCCGCACAACGCCCUGCAAAAGCAGGCAUUCACUAUGUAUAUUAGUCUAAUUUAUCGGUGGAGACCAAGGGAAGAGGGAUGCUUGCUGCGACGGCAGAGACGGGCAAUAGGAACAAGUUGCGAUGGAAGUGGGUUUUGUUUCCCCCCCCUUCAGGCAACGCGAUCGGGUGCGAGUUUGAUGGGAAAAGUCGAAGAAAUUAGGGGGCAGG